AUAUAUAUGCUAUUAUUGAUAAGUCAAAAGUGCAUAGAGACAACAUCGAAGGACAAGUAAAUUAAACCACUACAAUCAUAUAGGCACAAACUUCCAAUUUUUUAAAGUCAAAAGUUGGCCCUCUUUGAGAAAUUCUCCACUGCAAAAACCAAUUGCCACCCACUCUUUUUCAUUGCAAAAAUAUUCAAGAAAGUAAACUUGUUUCUCUCUUUAGCUCUCUUUCUUCUUCAUUUUCUUGUACACAAAAUGCUAGGUAAGAAGUUUGGUUCAAUGAAGAAAUUAGUGAAGAAGGCUAAGGUUAUUAAAACAACUAGUGCUAAUUCUAUUCACCAUGAUGAAUCACAACAUCUUGAAUAUUUGCUUGUUAAGAAUCAUGAUUAUGAUGAUCAAGAUCAAGAUCAUCAAGGGGGUAGUCCAACAAGUGCAAAAUCAUCAAAAAAGAUGGGGACAUUUGCUAUGUAUGUAGGGGAAGAAAGAGAACGAUUCCCGGUGCCAACAAGCUAUCUUUCACAUCCAUUGUUCAAGAUUUUGUUGGAGAAGACAUACAAUGAGUUUGGUUUUGAACAAACAAAUGGACUUGUUGUGCCAUGCAGUGUUGUUGCAUUUCAAGAAGUGGUCAAUGCUGUGGAGUGUUGCAAUGGGAAGUUUGAUUUUGGUGAUUUGGUAGAGGAAUUUCUAUAAUUAGGUUGAUAUUUUGUACCUCUUUUCUAAUGUAAGUAUGACGACUACUACAACCGUAUUGUCCUGAACAAGAUGGGUUUCUCGUGUGACGAUAGGAUAUGGAGAAAUAGAUACAAUGAUUCAUAUAUACCUUUAAUAUACUAGGUAAGCUUCCUUUGCUUUCCCCAUGAGGUAGACUUGGAGAGGAGAAAUCAAUUAAGAGAAGUAAUCUUGUUUAUACUAUAGUUCUCUUUAAAUUAAUGUCAACUAGCUACAUUGUAAAUUUUAUGUGACAAGGAUUGAAAGAGAAAUGUAGUUGUUAUUAACUUCUUGCCCUUCAA